AUGGCGAAGAAAUCUUCCAUUGGAAUCGGUACUUUGAUGCGUAAGAAGCUUUCUGAUAUCACUAACAACUCUGACUCUCAACACAACCUACUUCCUCUAACACUUCCCGCCAUCGACGCCGAUAUCCCUUCCAUUCAACAACUCCUCACUGAAAGAACGCAGUUAAUACAACUCAUUGCAGAGAAAGAGUAUCCUCUCUCAUCAGAAUUGAUAGAAUCUAGCGGAGCUGAGUUGAGAAGAAUGCAAGCCGAUAUCAAGAAACUCCAACUCCAAAAUCGGAACCUUGCUCAGUCUAACAGCUUAAUGUUAGCGGAGCUUAAUUUGGGAAGGGAUAAGAGAAAAAUAUUGCAACAUGAGAUUUCAUGCAGAUCUACUUUAAUCAAAGCAAAUGCCCUAAAAGCUGGUAGUAACGAUGAAGGAAGACGCAAAAGAACUAUUGGUUCUGAAAAGAAGACGAUCGAGAAGACAUUCGGCUUUCGUGGAAACACAUGA